AUGCACGAUGCUGCUUAUUUGUUGGUCUUGUACUGCCUGAGUAGACUUCUUCCAACGGAAAACGUGACUUCAACAGGCAAGAAGGCUACUCAAAGAUACAGAAAGAUAACAAUGGGCUUCAGCCUCCAAGGCUGUAAAACUUUGAGGAAUGGAUCUCCUAAUCUGCAAAAUGAAAAUUACAGCCAAGAUACCACAAAAGAGGUGCAUUAUUUUCGAGGAAGGGAGAAUAAUAUUGGUGAAGGGCUGAAGGCAAUUAGAGCCCAAGUUGCAAAGUGA